AUGGACAUCUACAGCAACCUGCUCUACGUGAAGGAGAUGCAGACGGAGCUCAGUACGCUGGCCCAUCUCGCCAACAAGAUCGACCCCUACCGCGUGGAGACCUGCUUCUGCGUGGCCAACUUCUACUCGCUGCGCGGCCAGCACGCCAAGUCGGUGGUCUACUUCAGCCGCGCCCUGCAACUGAACCCCCGCCACCUCUCCAGCUGGACGCUGAUGGGCCACGAGUACGUGGAGCUGAAGAACACCAACGCCGCCAUUCAGGCGUACCGCUCGGCGAUCAAGUGCAACAAGCGCGACUACCGCGCCUGGUACGGCCUCGGCCAGACCUAUGAGAUCCUCAAGAUGCCCGCCUACUGCCUCUACUACUACUCGGCGGCGCACUUCCUCAAGCCAAACGACACCCGCCUCAUCACCGCCAUCGGGCAGACGUAUGAGAAGCUAGGGCGGCACGAGGACGCCGCCAACUGCUACGCCAAGGCGGGCUUCGGCUCGCUGAUCAGGCUGGCCGCCCUCUACGAGCACAAGACCGGGGAGGAGCACAAGGCGGCGGCCGCCUACAACGAGUACGUGAACGGCUUCGAGGCGAAGCAGGCGGUGUACAACCUGCCGCCGGCGGACCUGACGACGGCGUACAAGUACCUGGCGCAGUACUUCUACCGCCACGGCAAGUUCCAGCAGUCGCAGGUGGCCGCCCAGAUGUGCAUGUACUUCGCGGAGACGCGGGACGAGGCGAAGGAGCUUCUGAACAAGCUCCAGAACGUUCUUCAGGUCAUGGACGAGGAUAAUCAACAAGAGGGGCAGGAAGGCGAGAAGGUGACCUCGACGGCGGUGGCCGCCCUGGCGACGGCCGUCCUGCAGGAGGAGGAUGAGGAGGAGGAGGAGGAGGACGUUGAGAUGGACACCUAG